AUUACGGAGUGGAGCAUCCUUUCCAAAUGUCCCCAAAGGCCCACGUACGUAACUUAGCAAACAUGGAACUCCCCAUCCUUGUUAUCCUCUUCAUCUCAUUUUUUUGGUUCAUCAUCAAGCCAUAUGUCCAAUCUAAGUCCAAAAAGCUACCACCAGGUCCUACUGGCCUCCCAAUAGUUGGUUCAUUAUUCGAACUAGGUUCAAAGCCAAACCAAUCAUUAGCACAGCUAGCCAAAACACAUGGCCCUCUCAUGACUCUAAAAUUUGGCUCACUCACCACCAUAAUUGUGUCCUCAGCCGAUGUAGCCAAAGAAAUCCUCCACAAACACGAUGAAACUUUCUCAGCACGUAUAAUCCCCGGCGCAGUCGCCGCACAACCUAACCCUGAACAUACGUUAGCAUGGGUCAACGGUGAUCAUACAUGGAAAAAAAAGAGAAGGUUCCUUAGUACACAAAUGUUUAAUAAUCAACGUCUCGAUUUGCUUCAAGAACUUCGUCACCAAAAGAUGGAACAACUAGUGAACCAUAUAAGGAGCCAGUGCGACACUGGCUCCCCUGUUGAUAUUGGACGUGUCGCGUUUGCGACCACGUUGAAUUUAAUAUCCAACACGAUUUUCUCGAUCGAUAUGGUCGAUCCGGAGUUCAAAACGGCUCAUGAGUUUAAGGAAUUAGUGUGGACCAUUAUGGAGACUGCUGGGGUACCAAAUUUGUCUGAUUAUUUUCCAGUGCUAAAGUGGCUAGAUUUGCAAGGAGUGAGACGUCGUAUAAGGCCAGCUUAUUUAAGAUUGCAUGAGAUAUUUGAAGAACAAAUUGAAAUGAGAAUACAAGCUAAAGCUGAAGGGAUGAAGAAGAAAGGGGAUUUCUUGGAUGUACUUCUUGAUCAUUGUGAAGAUGAUGGUUCUGGAUUUGGUUCAGAUUUCAAACCUCUCAUGGUGGAUUUGUUCAUUGCCGGAAGUGAUACAUCGGCCAUAACAACAGAAUGGGCAAUGGCUGAACUCCUCCGAAAACCUGAAGAACUCAACAAAGUACGACAAGAAAUUAUCCAACAAAUAGGGACAGAGAGGCCAGUGAAAGAAUCAGACAUCAACAAACUCCCAUACCUUCAAGCAGUAGUAAAAGAAGCGAUGAGACUUCAUCCAGCAGUUUCAUUACUCUUACCACACAAAGCCCAAAAUGACAUAGAAGUGUUAGGCUACACCGUGCCUAAGGGCACUCAAGUUUUGGUGAAUGCUUGGGCAAUUGGAAGAGACCCGAAGUCAUGGGUAAGGCCACUAGAGUUUCUGCCUGAAAGAUUUAUUGAAUCUAGUGUGGAUUAUAAAGGUAGGGACUUUGAGUAUAUACCAUUUGGCGCGGGACGAAGAAUAUGUCCAGGAUUGCCACUAGCUAUAAGGAUGGUGAACUUAAUGUUGGCUUCUAUUAUUCAACCAUUUAAUUGGACGUUACCAGAUGGGAUGGCACCGGAGAAAUUGGACAUGGAGGAACAGUUUGGAGUUAGCUUGAGGAAGGCUACUCCUCUUGUUGCAAUUCCUAGCAUGGAACAAAAGUAAUGUAUUUGAAUUUCUUAGUGAUUUGGUUUGCAACUUUUUCUUUA